UGCCUUUGGAACAAGAAAUCAGUACUGAAAACCCCACAAAGUCCCAAAUCCCUCAAAACAAAAGGAAAAAACAAAACAUCAUCAUGUUCAUGUCUGAAAAACCCCAACAAGAAUCAGCUCUUGAUUUCUACAACAGCAAGCAACAAUUACAAUCCCACCCAAGCAACAUGAUCAUCCAACUCCCCCCUCAGCCCCACCACCUCCUCACCGAUGGGGGCGACGCCACCACCAGUGGAGGAGAUGAACCCCCCGCCGCCGCUUCGUCUAACCCACCAUCUUCAUCUGCGCCGAAGAAGAGGGCUGAGACAUGGGUUCAAGAAGAGACUCGGGCCCUCAUAUCUCUCAGGAAAGAAUUGGAUUUGCUGUUCAACACUUCAAAGUCUAACAAGCAUUUGUGGGACAACAUAUCCUUGAAAAUGAGGGAAAAGGGAUUUGAUAGAUCCCCAACAAUGUGUACUGACAAGUGGAGGAAUUUGUUGAAAGAGUACAAGAAAGCCAAGCAGAAUAAUCAAGAUGGAAAUGGGAAUGGGUCCGCAAAGAUGAGUUAUUACAAGGAAAUUGAGGAGAUUUUGAGGGACAGGAGCAAAAAUGGGCUUAACUGGAAGAGUUCUGCUGCAGCUUCUAAUAAUGGUGGUGGUGGUGGGGGUUCUAAAGUUGAUUCCUUUAUGCAGUUUGCUGAUAAAGGUAUUGAUGACAACAGUCUUACCUUUGGACCUGUGGAAGCUAAUGGCAGAUCAACACUCAAUUUGGAAAGACGUUUGGAUCACGAGGGGCAUCCUCUUGCCAUCACUGCUGCUGAUGCUGUUGGGGCAAGUGGAGUUUCUCCUUGGAAUUGGAGAGAGACUCCUGGAGAUGCAGGUGAACACAGCAACACAUAUGAUGGACGAGUAAUAACGGUAAAACUGGGGGAUUACACAAAGAGAAUAGGGGUUGAUGGCACUGCAGAUGCUAUCAAGGAAGCCAUCAAAUCUGCCUUCCGGUUAAGAACGAAGCGUGCAUUUUGGUUGGAAGAUGAAGAUAACGUUGUUCGAACACUUGACAGAGAUAUGCCUCUGGGAAACUACACUCUCCAUGUUGAUGAAGGGUUGACGAUUAAAGUUUGUUUCUACGAGGAGUCAGAGCACUUGCCAGUACACACAGAGGACAAAACCUUUUACACAGAAGACGAUUUUCGUGACUUCCUCUCCCGACGGGGCUGGACUUGUUUGCGAGAGUACAAUGGGUACCGGAAUAUAGAUAGUAUGGACGAGCUCUGUCCAGGAGCUAUAUAUCGUGGUGUCAAUUGACGGCAUACUGUAGCUUGGCCUCAAAUUCCGGUAUCAAUUAUGAAAUGAUUGUCACUUAUCAUCCUGCGGAUCACACUCAAAUGUCUAUGUUUGAAGUGGGAUGUUUGUACAAAUGCACUCCUGAAACUUUUAGAUUGUAAAUAUGAAAUUUUGUUGAAUGUCUAGACUCUUUAUCCUGAAUUUCCCAAACCUUGGGAAUGUCUAUCAUGAUUUCUUUCCCCGUAACUUCCUA